AAUGUGAUUGAUUUGCAAUAUCGUAUUCAAAUUCCAUCUCAAUUCAUUCAUCGAUUCAUUCGGAUUCCUAUUCCUAUUCCUAUUCCUAUUCCAGCAAGAGAGAUCAAAUUGUUGCGUGUCUAAUGGUUUUUAUCCUUGCAGGAUGAUGAAGAAAAGGAACAGAGCGAGCGUCGAUGCGGCCGUGGUUGAUAUCUGUCGCCGUGAAGUCGGCCAUCUUUCCACCAGAAAAUUCGCCCACCGUCUCGCUGCUUCUGAGGAUCUAGUCCUGAGGCUUGAUCUUUUGAGGAAACUGGAAAAGCACAGAGGAUGCGUGAAUACUGUGAGCUUUAAUGCAGAUGGGGAUAUUCUCGUGUCUGGCUCAGAUGACAGGAGAGUUAUACUUUGGGACUGGGAAACUGGGCGUGUUAAACUUUCUUUUAAUUCAGGUCAUAAUAACAAUAUCUUCCAAGCAAAGAUCAUGCCAGAGACUGAUGAGCGAAGCAUUGUUACUUGUGCUGCUGAUGGGCAGGUGAGACAUGCUACUAUCUUAGAUUGUGGAAAGGUGGAGACGAAAUUGCUUGCAAGACAUCAAGGAAGGGCUCAUAAGCUAGCCAAUGAACCUGGGAGCCCACACAUCUUUUAUACCUGUGGUGAAGAUGGGUUGGUUCAACAUUUUGAUCUGAGGACAGGAGAGGCUACAGAACUUUUUAGUUGCCAACCUGUGCAUGAAUUUACUAGAUUAUAUGAUAUCCGGAGAUAUAGGUGGGAUGCUUCAGCUGCUUUUGGUAAGCCAGCUGACCAUUUUUGUCCCAAGCAUUUAUUAGGUGAUGAGAAUGUGGGGAUUACAGGUUUGGCAUUCUCAGAUCAGAGUGAACUUCUUGUUUCCUACUGUGAAGAAUUCAUCUAUCUUUUCUCUAAGGAUAUGGGAUGGGGAAGCAAUGUGAAUGAAAUUCUAGAUAAUCAUCUCUCUGUUGGUUCUGAUUCAGAUAUGGAAACUGAUUCCAUAUUGGGCCCUCAACUCUACAAGGGGCACCGAAACUGUGUGACAGUCAAGGGGGUUAGCUUCUUUGGACCCAAGUGCGAGUAUGUUGUGAGUGGGUCUGAUUGCGGGCGAAUGUUCAUUUGGAGGAAAAAGGAUGGAGCACUUGUCCGUGUUAUGGAGGCAGAUAAGCAAGUAGUUAACUGUAUCCAAGCUCAUCCACAUACAACUAUGCUUGCCAGCAGUGGUAUCGACAGGGACAUAAAGAUUUGGACACCAACAGCACUUGAAAAGGCGCCUCCCCCAACAAAUAUCGAAAAGUUGAGGCCUAAAACCAAUAGUUGGAUGUAUCAAAUGGUGUCACCGAGAGACAUGGCCCUCCAAUUGCUUGCAAUGCGAAGUCAACAAACGAGCCCAGAGCGAAGGCGCACGGAGGACACAAAUGCAGAAGGUAAUAUGCUAGAAUUUAUUUUAACUUUUGAUGCCAACAGCUCAGAUGAAGAUGAUAGCGAAGACGAAGAAGGUCAUGACCGCUUUUACUGAGAAAGCCGAUUAAGCCCGGUUUCCGUGCCAAAAUACCUUUUGUAAGUGUACAUAGAAUGUAGAGAAAUAAGUUAAAAAGGAGAUCUUUCUUUGAUGAUAUCUCUGUGGCAAAUUUUCAAAACUAUAAUACAUAUACACAUUU